CUCGUAUGUGUUCAGACAUGAGUUCCUUCGAGAGCAAUUCAUUUAAAAACUAAAUUAUGAAGUGCUUUAAUGGGUGGUUUUUGGAAAGUGCGGACUUAUUGUGGUGACAAUUAGGAUCGAAUGCCACAACAUAAAGCAAUAUGCCAGUCUACCAUAAGCCCUCCGUUCCGCCAUACAUGGCAACGAAGUGUUCAGUGUGCAUGCAGAUGUCAACUAACCAGCAGAUUCUUCCAUGCAACCACACGUUCUGUCAGCCUUGCCUCAGUCAGCAGUUAGCGCGACUAACAACACUCAUGGAUGGUCCAGACACCAUAUCCAUCACUUGUCCCUACUGCAAGGACUUUUUCUUCUCAUCCAUGAAGCCUCUCGGCCACAAAGCCGACUUGAGAAGACGGAGAACUGAAAAAGAAACUAGAAGACCGCAAACAUCUCUCGGGCACGUUUCUGAGUACCGGGACCAGUAUCAAAAACACGCUGGCGACCGCAAACAGGAAAGAUGUCAGCCAUGCGCCGAAGGGUCGAUUUAUGAGCUUGCUGUUUUCUGGUGCCAAAACUGUUCCGAAUAUAUGUGCUCAAUGUGCGCAAAAUACCACUCGGCGAUGAGAAUGUCCAGGGAUCAUAUCGUGAAGACAAUCAGGGAUAAAGAACGCUAUGAACACAUCAGACCAAGGAUUCAGUCAACGCGUCCCCGAUCGGCUAGAGAAGCAAAACCAUUCGAAGCUUCGACAGCGAAAGAAGUAAGUCAUUACUAUUGCGAGCCCUGCAAUUUGGGAAAGAUGACCAAGUUUGCCAAAUACCUCUGCGACAACUGUAAAGAGCAGUUGUGUGACGACUGCGCUCGAUGUCAUCGCAACAUGAAAAUGGCGAAAUCGCACAAGAUUGUACCAAUGAAAGAUGUGCUCUCCACGAAAGAUACGGCGUACAGCCUUGGGGUGAAAUGUGAUCGCCACGCCGGGGAAGUGCUGAGUCUCUACUGCAAGCAAUGCAAGACGUCCUGCUGCUCCAUAUGUGCUGUCACUGCUCACAGCCGCUGCGGGAAGGCAACAAAACUUUCUGAUCAGAUUACAUGCACUGGUAAAGCCGAGGACGGAAAGAAAGAGAAAGCUGCUUAUUACGCUUGGGAUGAUGUCGCAAAAGAUUUAUCCAAUGGCAAAACUGUUUCCUUCGGCAUAAAGCCAACGAAGAUGAAAUACCCCAAGAAGAAAAUGGAAUUGAGAAAGAAAAGAAUUGAACUACAAUCGAGCAGCGAUAAGGACUGGGUUAUCUCCUUAGCACUAUUGACAUGCGGAGAUAUACUGGUCAUCCAGCUGUAUGAACCAACCCUGAAAAUGAUCUCCCCGGACGGAACUGUACUGUCUUCGUGUAGAUUCUACGGCGACCCAUGGUCAGUUUCAGUAUACAACGACUCACUCGCGCUCGUAAGCUUCUCCGACCGGAAACAACUUCAGUUGAUCAACAUAACCAGGUCAGGUCUUAACACAGGAAAGAAGUUCAGCACUCGACACAAAUGCAUGGCGAUCUGUUUUGCCAAGAGCCUGAUCGCAGCCUCAUGCUGGGACGCGUGUAUUCAUUUGAUGGACAUUACGGGACGAGAGAUUUCCUCUGUUGACCUGGACAGUCGCGGUGACCGUCUGUUUACAAGCCCGGAAUACAUCGCAGCGAACAAGGAUGGUAGUUCUCUCUACGUAUCUGACUACAAACGAAACAGUAUCACAGGACUUACGGUACUGCCCUCAAAGAUCAAGAAUACGCCGGAGUUUGUCUUCAAACACAAGGAGCUUCAGGGUCCGAAAGGGAUCGCGGUGGAUACAAACGGGAUUAUUUACGUUUCCGGGAUGUCUAGUCGCAACAUAUUUCGCCUGGCGCCAUCCGGGGAUGUCAUCCAAGUAUUUCGGCGGCGGGAAGACACGGAAUAUUAUGAAGCCAUUGCAGUCUCGCCGGAUGUAGACAAGAUACUUGUUUCAGCAUAUGAGGACAAUUCAAUCCUGGAAUAUAAACUAAAAAACGAUAAAUGACGUUGUGCGAGUGUUUUAAGAAAAUUAAAUGUUUUAUGAAGUUGAAGAAUAAUUAUCAUUUACAUUUGCUUGUGCCAUUUAAAAUAACAGCAUGCGAAGUUUUUGCCUUAUUCGCUACACGGGUGCAUUAUUAGCCACAUAAAAGAUUGGAAGUCCAUGCUGUAAAACAAUCAACGGGUGCCAAAAUAGCCACUUCAGUGACCGGAAAUUCGGGCUGUAGAACAAUCAACGGUGACUGGAAAUUCGGGCAGUAGAACAAUCAUCGGGUGCCAAAAUAGCCACCUCAGUGACUGGAAAUUCGGGCUGUAGAACAAUCAACGGUGACUGGAAAUUCGGGCUGUAGAACAAUCAACGGGUGCCAAAAUAGCCACCUCAGUGACUGGAAAUUCGGGCUGUAGAACAAUCAACGGUGACUGGAAAUUCGGGCAGUAGAACAAUCAUCGGGUGCCAAAAUAGCCACCUCAGUGACUGGAAAUUCGGGCUGUAGAACAAUCAACGGUGACUGGAAAUUCGGGCUGUAGAACAAUCAACGGGUGCCAAAAUAGCCACCUCAGUGACCGGAAAAUCGGGCAGUGGAACAAUCAAUUGGUGCCAAAAACGCCACCUCAGUGACUGGAAAUUCGGGCAGUAGAACAAUCAAUUGGUGCCAAAAUAGCCACCUCAGUGACUGGAAAUUCGGGCAGCAGAACAAUCGCUGGAUACCGUACUAGCAACAUGACUGACUGGAAGUUAGUGGUUUAGAAGAAUCAACAGGUGCCGUACUAGCAACAAUACUGACUGGAAAUUAAUUCGGGCCGUAGAACAAUCGACGGGUGCCGAACUAGCAACAUGUCUGACUGGAAGAUUGUGCCGUAGAACAAUCGACGGGUGUCGUACUAGCAACAUGACUGACUGGAAAUUAAUUCGGGCCGUAGAACAAUCGACGGGUGCCGAACUAGCAACAUGUCUGACUGGAAGAUUGUGCCGUAGAACAAUCGACGGGUGCCGUACUAGCAACAUGACUGACUGGAAGAUUGUGCCGUAGAACAAUCGACGGGUGCCGUACUAGCAACAUGACUGACUGGAAGCUCGUGCCGUAGAACAAUCGACGGGUGCCGUACUAGCAACAUGACUGACUGGAAGAUUGUGCCGUAGAACAAUCGACGGGUGCCGAACUAGCAACAUGACUGACUGGAAGAUUGUGCCGUAGAACAAUCGACGGGUGCCGAACUAGCAACAUGACUGACUGGAAGAUUGUGCCGUAGAACAAUCGACGGGUGCCGUACUAGCAACAUGACUGACUGGAAGAUUGUGCCGUAGAACAAUCGACGGGUGCCGUACUAGCAACAUGACUGACUGGAAGAUUGUGCCGUAGAACAAUCGACGGGUGCCGUACUAGCAACAUGACUGACUGGAAGAUUGUGCCGUAGAACAAUCGACGGGUGCCGUACUAGCAACAUGACUGACUGGAAGAUCGUGCCGUAGAACAAUAGACGGGUGCCGAACUAGCAACAUGACUGACUGGAAGAUCGUGCCGUAGAACAAUAGACGGGUGCCGUACUAGCAACAUGACUGACUGGAAGAUCGUGCCGUAGAACAAUCGACGGGUGCCGUACUAGCAACAUGACUGACUGGAAGAUUGUGCCGUAGAACAAUCGACGGGUGCCGUACUAGCAACAUGACUGACUGGAAGAUCGUGCCGUAGAACAAUCGACGGGUGCCGUACUAGCAACAUGACUGACUGGAAGAUUGUGCCGUAGAACAAUCGACGGGUGCCGAACUAGCAACAUGACUGACUGGAAGAUUGUGCCGUAGAACAAUCGACGGGUGCCGAACUAGCAACAUGACUGACUGGAAGAUUGUGCCGUAGAACAAUCGACGGGUGCCGAACUAGCAACAUGACUGACUGUAAGAUCGUGCCGUAGAACAAUAGACGGGUGCCGUACUAGCAACAUGACUGACUGGAAGAUCGUGCCGUAGAACAAUCGACGGGUGUCGUACUAGCAACAUGACUGACUGGAAGAUUGUGCAACAUGACUGACUAGAAAUUCGGGCUGUAGAACAAUUUAAUGGGUGCUACAACAGCCACAAGAGUUACUGGAAAAUAAAGUAGAACAAUCAAAGAGUGCCUCAAUGGUUUCAUUUUAGACAUUAUAUUUAUAUUCGUCCGUAACAUAUAAGUUGUGUUGUUGUUUUUUGUCCUUACUCAAAUAUUAUGUGACUGAUAGUAUUAGUGCUUAUUUACUCGUUGUUCGUCAGUAUACUAACACAUAUAAUCAUUUGAUAUUUACAUACUUUGUAUUCGAGAUGUUUAAUGCUACAAAUGUAUUUACACAAUCAUAUGCAAGCAAACAGUGUCCUAUUAAGAGCGAAAGGGUAUUGCAUGGAUGUUCGGGGAAUUCCACAAGAAAUAAAAAUAAUGUGAAAACAU